GCGUCGAUAUAAUGAGAAGUUGAUAAACCGCGGUAACUCGAACGGAUAGAGUCACCUAGGUCGAGAAUAGCGUAAACAUGGCGUAUUUAUCACCGGCCGCUCGAGCUGCUGCUUACAAUGAAUAUGAAUUCGAUGACAACGACAGUCUUGAUUUAGAUGACGAGCGAGAUCUACUUGACGCAGAAGCUGGACAAUCCGAUGAAGACACAGAAGAUGCCAGUGAAACUGACAUGAUCAAGAAAGAGGAGGAGUUCACUGAAAUCAAAGAGCAGAUGUACCAAGACAAAUUGGCACAGCUGAAGAAACAACUACAGCAACUUAAAGAUCGGACACUUCCAGAAUAUUUGAAACGGUUGAAAAAAAUAGAACAGCAAUAUAAGGAACGUCUUCGGUUGAAUGACUUAUGGCAGGAAUAUGAGAUGGAUAGUGUGGAAAAGGAAUAUAUCGCCGAAAAGAAGUUUUCUGUUCGUGAAUUUGAAGAGAAAAAGAUUGAAUUGAAGGAAAAUAUCAUCUAUGAGCUGGAAGAGAAAAGGAGGAAUAUGGAUCAAGAGAGAAAUUCUGUUGAGCUGACAGGAACUGCUUUCUUGGAUUCCAUGGAUGUGAAACCAAUAACAACAAGAAAGUUACGUCGAAGACCAAACGAUCCAGUGCCAAUGCCAGAGAAAAGAAGAAAGGCUUCACCUGCUCAACUCAACUAUGCGCUAGAUGAAAUGGAAAUCCUGGAAGACCUCAAAAUCAUCAACAAAGUUGGCGGUAAGCCAUUGAGUCGUAAGCCGACGAUGUCACACUCGACUGGGACUGGUGGGGAAAUGAUCCAUGAAGCGAGGAUAGAUGAUGGCAGGCUUUACUUUGACAAGCGAUGGUUCCAUCGUGGCCAGCCAGUAUUUGUGGAGUCAAAAGAAGCAGGAAAAGUAGCAGGAGUUAUUGCCGCCGUUGGGACACAAGAGAUUUAUAUCAAGAAGAUCACAGACAGUAGUAAAAUGCGAAUAUACCUCACGCAACUGAAUAAAGGGAAGUACCAUUUACGCAGGAGAAACAACUGAUUCAAAGGAGGACUAAUCAAAUCAUAAGAAGAGGUCUACAAUAUUGAUAAUUUGACAAGUGCUGGUAUGUUGUGUUGAGUCCAAAAGCUAUACGAAUUCAGAUUGUCCCAUUCCAAACCAAACCAGUCGAGUAGUUUUUCUGUGAUGGAGUGAUGCCGACUAUGACUACUUUCAAAGUACAACGUAUGAUGUUGAUUUUCAGAAGAAUUUGAAGCGUUUUACUGAUAGAUCUUUUGAAAUUGAAUACAAUUGAUUUGUAGGAGGAUGAAAUAUCCACGUGUAAUGCAUUUUCAUGAAUAUUAUUCAUGUUCUGUAUACCUAUUUACAUAUUUUAUAAAAUA